AUUUCUUCUGCCGAAGAAUUGAAAUCCAGAAACACCCGUUCCAUGGAAUUCUCGACCGUACUUUUCCGAUGCGCUGUUUUCCUUCUCCUUCUUUUUCAGCUCUUCUCCGCCGCCGCCGCCGGAGGGUCAUACUCGAGAGUGAAGUAUCUGCCGGGAUUCUCUGGACCUCUUCCCUUCGAACUAGAAACUGGAUAUGUGGGUGUGGGGCAUUCAAAUCAAUAUCAGGUAUUUCACUAUUUUAUUAAAUCCGAUCAAAAUCCCAAAAUAGAUCCGCUCAUUGUUUGGCUCAGCGGGGGCCCUGGUUGCUCUGCCAUCUCCGGACUUGCCUAUGAAAUUGGUCCUAUGAGUUUCAAGGAAGAGCCAUACAAUGAUAGCAUUCCUGAACUACUCUUAAACCCCUAUUCAUGGACGAAGAAAUCUAGCAUAAUAUUUGUAGAUUUGCCUGUGGGAACUGGAUUUUCGUAUGAUACAACUUCAUCCGCUUUCAAGCCGGGAGAUUUUAAUCAAAUUAACCAUUGUGUUCAAUUUGUGAGAAAGUGGUUGAUUGAUCAUCCUGAAUUUAGAACAAAUCCAUUUUAUAUGGGUGGAGAUUCAUAUGCUGGUGCAAUUGUUCCAGUUGUCGCUCACAAAAUUGUAGAAGGAAACGGACAUAUUUUUCCAUUUAUAAAUUUUCAGGGAUACAUAUUGGGAAAUCCUUAUACUAUUCGUGACUCGUUUAUAAAUUUUGGAAUUCCUUUUGCUCAUAGGAUGACACUCAUCUCUGAUGAAUUGUUUGAGUCAUUGCAGACUAGUUGUAAAGGGAACUACGUGAACAUUGAUCCAAACAACGUGGAGUGCUUAAGACAUUACAAGAGAUAUAAAGAGUGUAUUUCGAAAGUUGAGCUUGCAUGUAUUAUAUAUCCAAUAUGUCCAUCAGAGUCUGCAAAGCAUCAAGAUGUAUAUGGUCGAAGAUCUCUCACCAGCACCUCAAAGUUGUUGCUUGAUCAGAACUCACCACUCCCUUCCCAGCGUUGUCCUGAACAUAAAUACAAAUUUUCUCAUGAUUGGGCUAAUGCAGGUCAAGUUCGAAAAGCACUUCACAUACGUGAGGGAAGUAUUGGAGAAUGGAUAAGAUGUAAGAAUAAAGAUGUGUAUAGUUUUGAAAUCGAUAGUGUUUUUCCUUAUCAUGUGAAUCUUAGUUCAAAAGGAUUUCGAUCUUUAAUCUAUAGUGGAGAUCAUGAUUUGUCGAUAUCGCAUUUGGACACUCAAGCGUGGAUCAAAGCUUUAAAUUACUCUAUUGUUGAUGAUUGGAAACCAUGGUUCAUCUUGGAUCAAGUAGCCGGAUAUACCAGAUACUAUGCAAAUAAGAUGACAUUUGCAACUAUAAAAGGUGGAGGACACACAGCUGAAUAUACACGAAAAGAAUGCAGCAUAAUGUUUAGUAGAUGGAUAUCGGGAGAACCCUUGUAGCGUUAAAGUUCCGGAAACACACUGAGCUGUUUACUGCCACACGACAAGAGUCUCCUGCUACAUUGUAGGCCUUGCACUGAUGUAAAUAGAUUGCAUAUCACGAACCUUACGUGUCAUGGUUUUGGAACUAUGGGACAAGAGGAGUUGUUUUGUUGUGUAAUGUCUGAAAGUGUUUCCGUUGUGUCUAAACUUUAUUCA